AUGAAUAUAAAGAUUGUUAUUAUCUCAAUUCUGAUUUUAACAACAUUUACUUAAACCACAGGAUAAGAUUGUACUUAAUUGAGUUGCAUAGCUACUGGUGCACUUAAAUAAGAAUACACAUCAAGAGUACCAUAUAAGUGUAUGGAAGGUAUAUUAGAAUAUGAUUGAUUAAAAUAGGAUAUUAUUGGGGAGGACAAUCAUGUUAACCUUGUAAACCAAUAUAGGGUGGACAUUAUGCUUGUACAUCUUAUUGGGGAACUGGUACAUUAUAUUGUUUACCUGGAUGGAUAAUUCUAAAUGGGUAACAUAACAUAUAACAUCAAUAGGGUUUGUGUAAAUAUGCCAAAUGGAUGCUUAACUUACUAGUUAAAUAAGGAUUAGAAUGCUUAUAUUUGUGGUUCUUGUGAUAGUGGAUUCACUUUGAUAGCUGGAGUGUGUGUAGAAAAUUAAUAAUGUGUUACUUACAGCAGUACUAGAUAUGUGUGUACUUAAUGUUAAUAAGGAUAUUAUUUGAAUUGGAAUUAUAUACCUAAUAUAUCUUCAUCGAGUGAUAAUUAUUAUAAUUAUUUUGGAAGCUUUUGUAAUCCUUGUAGUAUAUUGGGAUGUGCAAAUUGUCCAUCUGAGUAAUAUUUUCAUUUAAAUUUAGUAAUACAUGUACAUAAUGUAAACCAGGAUUCUUUUGGUCAUUUAGUGGUUUAACUAUUGAUUCUACAACAUCUGGUUCUGGAACAUGUUAAAAAUGUUUAGAUUAUUGUAUUAAUUGCACAAAUUCAUCUAAUUGUACUUAAUGUUCUGAUGGAUAUUAUUUGAAUACAAUAAAUAAUAUAACAACAUGUUCAUUAUGUUCACCUACAUCAACUUGUGUGAAAUGCAGUAAUGCAACAACAUGUACUUAAUGUUUAAAUGGUUAUUAAUUAUUAAAUUCAACAACAUGUGAGAAAUUGUAUGAUGGUUGUAUCUAAAUGGAUUCUAAUAAAAAUUGUACAUCUUGUUAAAGUAAUUAUAUAUUGAAUGCUCAAACACCAAAAACUUGUACACAAUGUGGAACAGGUUGUUUAACUUGUACAUUAAAUAAUAAUAUUGCAACUUGUACUACUUGUCAAGAAUUUUAUUAUGCAACUAAAGAUUCUAAUGGAAUUGUAACUUGUGUUGAAUGUAAAUAAUAUCCAUAAUCAAUUGGUUGGUUAAGAUGUGGAGGUCCAUAUGAUAAUCCAUCAUAUACAACUGUUUAAGUAACUUAAUGUAUUGAUGGUUAUUUCUUGGUUAAUAUUACAUCCAAUAAUAUUACUACACCUACUUGUAUUGCAGCUAUUCCUUCAUCAGCUUGUUUAACACUUACUACAACAUCCACUAAUACAAAUAAUUUCUGUGCUACAUGUAUACCUAAUUUCAAUCCAUAUGUUGAUGGAACAUGUUUAUCUUGUCCUCCUUAAUAAGGUGCUAAAACAUAACUCUCCAAUUAAUGUAAUAAAUGUGGUGGAACUUCUACAACCAAUAUUUCUUGUGAAGGAUGUAAUUAAAUGUUUUUCCUUUAAUCUGCUAAUUCAGCUAAUUCAGCUACAUGUGCUACUUGUUCUAGAGGAUGUCUUGAAUGUUAAUCUAAUCUUAAUUGUACAAAAUGUGAUAUUGGCUAUUAUAAGACAGGAGAUUCUAAUAAUUCUACAUGUUAAUCUUGUAUUAAAAAUUGUGCUGUAUGUACUGAUUCUAAUGUAUUAAUUAAAAUCUCUAUUAGAAAUGCACAACUUGUAUGGAUGGUUAUUUUGCUUAUAGUGGUUCAUAAACUCCUUAGUCUGCUUGUGUAGCUUGUUAAUUUGGAUGUGCUACAUGUAAUAAUCCUGGAAAUUCAUGUUAAACUUGUAUUGAUGGAUAUGUAUUCUAAAAUGGUGGUUGUGUUCCUUUAAAUUAAGCUAAUUGUGCUUUAAAACUUAAUUCAACUACAACACCUAUUUAAACUUAUAAUUCAAAUGGUUGUAGCAUAUGUAAAUAUGGAUUUCAUAUGAUUUCUAAUCGUUGUUAUUAAUCAGUUUAACCUUAUGCAGGAGUAAUAAUAUAUCUUAUAUUUAGUUUGCUUAUAUGCAAUAAAAUGAAUAAACAAUCAUUAAUGAUAAUCAAAAAUAUGAAUUUGUUUUGAAAUCAAUUAUGAUAAUAUUAUUAUAUAUAAUAUUAUGA